AUGUCGGUCCAGGACAGCCCUAUCAGCAUUGUAGCCAGUUUGGGUCCAUGGGGACCUAUGGAGUAUGGCAGCCUAAUAUAUGGCCUCAUUCUAAUUGGAGCAGCAAUCAUUAGAUUCGGUAUACUUUGCACAAAGGGAUUCUCUGCUACACCACAAAAAGUAUGGGGCACAACUUUGGUUUUGAUCUUGGCGCUCAUCAUACUUGACAUGGUUCUUACCUUUGUACCAGGCGCACUUACUCCUAUUUCGCAAUGUAUUGCCAUUCUCUUGCUAUGGGUCAUUGUUUCCGGUUUCUGGUAUUGGCAGGCACGCUUUUUUUACAACUUGCCACGAUCAGUGCGUUAUGUCAAUCGAGAAUUUGUCACUGUCAUCACAUUUGCUGUAGUGUUUAUCAGCUUUGAGCACUUUAUCUUGGCAGCCUCAUGUUUUCCGCCACUUUUGCAAUAUCAACCACAGUUGAUGAUUAUGAGCAUGAUAUGGCUUGGCAUCAUUGCCAUCUGCGAUCUCAUUCAAAGCAUUCUACUGUUUAGAUUUCUUGCAAAAGGAUUGGAUAUUCCUCUCCCUCUCAAGGUGCGAUACACCUUCUUUUUUAUCGUUAGUGCUUGUAGCAUGAUUGUCGGCAUGUUGAUCAGUCCUGACCGCCAAUAUGUUACAUUGUACAUUGGCGAUUUAUGUGUUUGCGGGUUUGCGUUGUCCUCCAUGUUUUCACUUGAAACUAUAUCCGAAUGUAGCGCCUUGAGAAGACAGCCCGGAUCUCAUGUAAAAUCCAAUGCCACAUCCUCUCAUCAACUGUCUAGUAGUACACUUAUACUGCCACCUCAAACAUCCCAAAAAUCACUAAAGAUACCACCCAGUGCUAUUCUCAACACAUAA